UGACGUCACGACUCAACCUAGCAGCAGAUAAAAUUGCGAGAGAGCGACGGACGAGUUCGCGAUUCGCAUCUGGCGAUUGUGCGUCUCAAUUCAUCAGUCAAGUUUCCUCGCGAGUCGAAAUGCGCGUCGGUGGAAGUCGUUGACAACCUUCAAAGAUGGUUGAGCCGAUUUUCGACUACCAGUUUCGGCUGAUCCUGAUCGGCGACAGCACUGUGGGCAAGAGUUCGCUGCUCAAGUAUUUCACUGAUGGCAAGUUCGCCGAGUUGUCCGACCCGACGGUGGGCGUCGACUUUUUCGCAAGGCUGAUCGAAGUCAAGGACGGUACCAGGAUAAAACUGCAGCUUUGGGACACAGCAGGACAGGAAAGAUUCAGAUCUAUCACAAAAUCGUACUACCGGAAUUCCGUGGGCGCCCUGUUGGUUUACGACGUGUGCAACAGGGCGAGUUUUGAGCACAUUCCGGCCUGGAUGAUGGAGGCGCGACGACACAUCGAGCCGCACCAGCCCACCUUUCUCUUGGUCGGCUGCAAGGUGGAUCUGGUGCGCAGCGACGGUGGCCAGCAACGGCAGGUGCCCUUCGAGGAGGCCAAGUCCUUUGCCAAGGACCAGGGCAUCCCUUUCAUUGAGACGUCGGCGCGCAACGGACUGAAUGUGGAGAGGGCAUUUGAGAUCAUAACGCAAGAGGUAUAUGACCGAGUACAAAGCGGUGAAUACAAAGUGGAGGACGGCUGGGAUGGUGUCAAGUCUGGAUACUCGAGGACAGCGUUCGACCCAACUUUGGUUGAGGCCGAGCCGGCCAAGAGUGGAUGCUGUUAGGUGUAGAUUUGCCCUCAAAGGACUAUUAGAAAAUAGCAGCGAUUCCAUUGAUUUGAUCUGGUUUUAAUUUCAUCCCAAUUUUUUAAUCUUUCAGGCUUUUUACUUUUAUGCGUAUAUGUAUUCAAAACAGCCCUUAUUUUUUGUUGUUUAAAAUUUUAUUCAAAUUUGAUUGGAUACUUUGGUAUUUUACCUGCCUGUCAUAACUACUCCGGCAUCCUCUUUUACACUUUCAUCACAUUUCCCAAGUGUUUUACAAUCCCGACUAGUCUCAGAUAAUAUUUUACAAGUUGUGACCCCCGAACAGCAAGCGCAGUUGAAAACCUCUGUUUUAAACUUAAUUUAUGACCUAGUGUGUUUUAUUUUUGUUACUGUAUUAUUCAUGUCGCUGCAACCUCAAAAACUGUUGGUUUAAAUCUCGAAGAGAAUUUGUGAUAGUUUUUAUUUUGCUGAGCGCAACUUCGAUCUUUCUUCCAGAAUCUGCUAGCACUGCGCAUUAGAAUUUUUAAAACGGUUUAAUCUUGCUGCUCAAAACAGCUGCUAGUGUUUCCUAAAAAUUUGUAACAAAGAAAACAACUCGAAUUUGGAUGCUUAUUUCAUUUAUUAGACUUCUUCUGCGGACAGAAAAGUGACACAGAGCUACAUUUUUGUUAUUAUUUCAUAUUUAUAUUUAUCGUGAUUAUAUAUAUAAUAAUAUUGUGUCAAUGAGUAAAAACUAAAUACACCAUGAUACA